AUGGCAGCGGCUAACUCACGUCCGGCUCAGUAUAGGCAGACCUCCAGAAAGGGGAAAAAAGCCUGGAGAAAGAACAUAGAUCUCGAAGAUAUCGAGAAGUCCUUACAGAGGAGACAGGAAGCAGAGAUAACGCACGGUUCAAGUAGCGUUGGAGAGCUUAAAGAUGACGAGUUGUUUCAAAUUGAUACAGAUGGUGACGAGGUAGUCAGGACGAAGUUGAUCAAGCGGAAGCAAAUUCCCAAGAAAUUGAAGUCAUCUGAGAUUUUAGAUGCGAUUAAGACGAACUCCAAGGUCGGUGCAUUAAGUCAUUCCAAGAGCGGAUCAGUUAGUGAGAGCAAGAAGAAGAUUCAGGGAGUCAGCAAGAAAGAGUUGCGUCGAUUGAUGGCCCUUGCGGGCCGCGCCGAUGGGAAAAGCAAGAGCCAAACUGCAGUUGCGAAAGAUGGCCUUGUGAGAGCCACAGGUACGGAUUUGUGGGGAGAGGCUAAGAAGAUUAAGACCCCUUCGGGCCUCAAGCUCGCUGCUAAAUCUGAGAGUGAGGUGCCAGAAGAACUUUUGAAACAAUCGACAACUGGGUGGUCCCAGGCUACCGUUGCUCCUGGCACCUUGAAGGAAGCUCCGCUGAAGGUCAAGGAAUUCGAAAGUACGCCUCAUGCAGGUAAGUCAUAUAACCCCGACUCAGAAGACUGGUCUAGUUUGAUAAACAAGGAGUAUGAUGCGGAGAAAAAGAAGGACGAUGCUCGGAUACAGUUGGAGCAAUACCAAGGGAGGAUAGCGCGUUUAAUGGAGACCAUUGAUGCAAACGAGGAAGGCGAAUCUUCGUCGGAAGAUGAGGAAGAGGAGGAAGCCGCCUUAAACGAUGGAAGCGAGAUCAAACUGUCUAUCAACAAGCCUGUCGUGAAUAAAAAGAAAACUAAGCACAGGAGAAACAAAGCAAAAAAGCAUCAAAAACAGGUCAAAUUGCAGAAAGAGCUUAAGCUGCUCAAAGGUCAAGUACGCGAGCUGGAGAGAUUAGAAGCCAUUGAACAAGAAGUUGCUAAGAAAGAAGGAAACGUCGAAACUGGCAAAAGGAGCAAAGAAAGAAUGGCUAAGAAGCAGAAAUUAGGCACAAAACACACAAUUAAAGAGGAUCUUCUGGAAGUUAAAUUUGCAGAUGAACUGUCAUUUUCUUUGCGGAAACUGAAACCAGAAGGCAAUCUACUUUAUGACACACUAAGAAAAUUGCAAAGUUCAGGCAAGGUCGAGACCCGUAUACCUGUAGUGCGCGGAAGGAGAUACAAACCAAAAGUUACCGAGAAAUGGACAUACAAGGACUUCAAAUGA